GGAUAAGCAGCAUGAUUACAAAAUCGUGCUGGUCAAGCGUCAUUGUCUUGAACACCUGAAAGAAAGUGAUUCCAAAUAAUGUCUUACGGUGCUUUAAUUCAAAGCUAUUAUAAAAGCUGUCCUAUGCCUAAAGAGGCACCCAUUAUUUUUAACCCAAAACGGUCCAUCUACCAACAUCUGAAGAAACGUUCACUUUCAAUCAAAAGAAGGAGCCUGCCCUCAAUGUCUUCAAUUAACAGUGGUCACUCAUCAACAACAAAGCUCCUCCCACUUGGAACUCAUGUUAGAUCGCAUCCUCCUUCUCUUUCUUCGCCCUCAUCUCCCUCAACACUCUCAUCAUCAUCAUCAUCAUCCUCGUCCAGAUCAGAGGAAGUCGGUUCUAGUAAAGAUAUCCUUGCUGUCUUUCUUUGUGGUAUUCAUCAUGACCAAUUGGUAGACAAGUAUAUCCCGUUUAUCAAGGAGAAAUAUCCUCCGGAGUGGAUUAUCCCCAAUGGAUUGGAGGAUCUAUGUUUUCCUGAUUCUGACUCUUGGUCUCCUCAUACACAAGCUUUCAGUGGUACUUACAACAUCAUCCUUACACAGCGCAAUGGAACAAGAAGUUUCGGAUUUUGUCGGAGGAUUAUACCUGAAGGAGAUUCGAUGUGCCUCCCAUUAGCAUUGUGUAUUCUCAGCAAACAAAGAGAUGAUAAGGAGCUCUAUUCAGAGGUAUGUAAGUACCCACCGACCUAUCUUUGUAUGGUGGAUCGAAAACCUCCCCAAACGAUUGCACCCAACCUCUGAGCAUUAAUCUUUUUGUAGGGCGUCCAAUCAUGAGGUUACAUUCUAUUCUUAGAAUUUGACAGAUAGAUGGCGUUCUAUUUUUUGCAAAUAUGGGCAGUGGCAGAUAGUAUUUAAACUUUAAUAUUUUUACAGAGACACAUUGAAUUUUGGACCCCAUUUAUCAUUUGGUUGCGAGUUCAUUAAAGCCUGCCUUUUAUCUGAUGGAUUUUUGAUCGCUUAGAGUUGCCCUAAAAAAUUGGGCUGAACUGCUGGCAAAACUCAACAUGUUUUUGCCCGCUAGCUCGUUUCAGGAUGCAAAUAUGGCACGAGAAAAAAAAGGUGCUCCAUCUAUUGUGCCUUGAAUAUGGUAAAGGAACCGACUUGAAACCAAUGCUUGAGGUUCUUCCUCAUCUCGACCAGGAAUCCCUCCGAGCUUACAAAGACAUGCAGAUGGGCAGCUUUCGCCCUGCCUGGAGCUUACCCGUCUCGUGCGGCUCUUCUCCCAGGACUCGAAACAGUGGUCGGAUCUCAUCCAGGAUAUCGCUCGAUCAUCUCCUUCUCCUGUUUUCGUCCGCAGUCCAAGAGAAGAAGAUUCUGCUUCUAUCUGAUAACAUCAGAGACCUAUGCGCAACUUUCGAUAGUCUUGAAGAUCUUCUUCAUCCCUUACUUUGGCAACAUCUCUUUAUUCCUGUGCUACCCAAAUCAAAAUGGGACAUUCUCGACGCUCCGACGCCUUUCCUUAUUGGUAUUUUGUUGUUGCCAAAUCCCUCUCAACAAGAUUGUGGGUCUAUGCCAAGUAAGGAAUUUGAAACUUGGACUCAGGCAUUACAGCCUCACUUGAUACAGGAAGAGGAUUGUUUAGUGGUGGCCCUGGCAAACAAUGGCCAUCGGGGAUCAAUUGCUUUAAAGACUCCCGGAAACGCUCUCGAUCUCCCUCUGCCCAGGCCUUUGCUGUUGAAGAUCCACAAGAACCUUUCUCGUCUUACAUGGACCGACUCCAGCUAUGAAGACAAGUUCAAAGUCCUCUCCAAAACCUUGGCAUCUUUUUUUUCGGAUUUGAUUGGAAAAACUCCACAUCAGUUUAUCAUACAAGAUUCUUGUCGGUCCCAGCCACACGUGGACUGCUUCUUUUUUUGCGUGGAACGUUUUCUUCAGGUCCAUGAGGAUUCUGAGUGCUACGAGUUCCUCGUAUUCUUUGUGCGGACAGCCCUUUUUGUAGACUGGAUCAGAAAAACAUGCCACAUUUCAUCGAAUAUCGAUCUUAAAAGUACACCAGGCAUUUGCUGGACCAAGGCGAAAGAACGAGAGGAGGAAAGCAACAGGAGAAAGCCAAUAUAAUCAGCAAUAUAUCUAUCGAAAUAGUGCGACGCACUGCAUCAAGUAUUAUGCCAUGAGGCAGCAAUUACUGCUCCAAGAUUCCGAACAAGACAUGAAGCCUUGGUACACCGGCAUUUUUGUUGAUGAUAUGUGUAAUCCCUUAUCAGGAACGGAUUUUGUCAGCUUGAUCGUGCGAGUGAUUUGAGUCACAUCCAUUUGAGCCAAAACGCCCAUCGAUUGAAGUUAUUCCAUCUCUAAUUUGAGAUUAAAAUCAUGAAGAAUCUCGAA